AUGUGCUAUAUAGAAGAGAUAAAUGGCCCGUCUAAAAACUACUGUGACAAGAGCAACACUCAGUGUCCAUGUGUGCCAGGCAAGGGGUAUUACGGCCGCGGUCCACUACAAAUAUCAUGGAACUUCAACUAUGGACCAGCAGGACAAAGUAUUGGGUUCAAUGGACUAAGUCAACCUGAACUUGUAGCCAGGGAUAAUGUUAUUUCAUUCAAAACUGCCUUGUGGUUUUGGAUGAACAAUUGUCAUUCUCGUAUCAUUUCCGGCCAGGGUUUCGGGGCUACAAUUCGUGCCAUUAAUGGUCGGCUUGAAUGUGACGGUGCAAAUCCAAACACUGUUAGUGCUCGUGUUGGGUAUUAUAUUCAAUAUUGUCGGCAACUGGGUGUUGAUCCUGGUCAGAAUCUCAGAUGCUAG